CAGUAGGUGAAGAGUGCAGGAAGCCUUCCAACUCAACUCGGAGUCUCGGACACCUUGGUGGUUGCGCCCACUUCUCUUUUCCUUUGUCGCUCUCAGCACGCACGCACGCACGCAGCGCCUCCCUCUCCUCGCCCCUCCCCUGCCUCCAUCUCUCCUCCUCCCCCGCCUCGCCGCGACUACCAACCCCAUGCGCCAUGCAGCCCGGCCCCACCUCCACGGAGACUCCGCCGCCCGAGGCCCAGGCCGACGCGGUGGAGGAGCCGACCGCAGAGGCUGGGGCUGUGGCCAACCCGGAGCCGGCGGCGGUGCAAGCGCAACACGAUGAGGAGGAACGAGAGGAGGAAGAGGAGGAGGAGAGGAGGGCCACCAGAGGGGGGAAAAGAAGGAGGCGCCGCAGCUCCUCCUCCUCCUCCGCCACGGCCGCGAUGGGGGCGGUCAUGGUCAAGCGGGACCUGCUCGCGCGCUGCAUGACGUGCCCGCUCUGCCGCCGCCUCCUCCGCGACGCCACCACCAUCUCCGAGUGCCUCCACACGUUUUGCAGAAAGUGUAUAUAUGAGAAGUUCAAUGAUGAGGAGGUAGAAUGCUGCCCAGUAUGUAAAAAGAAUCUUGGCUGCACUCCUGUUGAGAAGCUUAGAGCCGAUCACAGUUUACAAGAUGUAAGAUCGAAACUUUUCCCAUUCAAACGAAAGAAGAUUAAGGGUGAAGAAGUUCCAUCUCCUAUUUCACUUCCCCCUAAAAGGAAAGAGAGAUCUAUCUCUUCAUUAGUUGUCAAUACACCUAAAGUAAAACCAAUAGGCUUGACUGGACGGCGAACAAGAGCAGUUGCCAGGAAAGCUGCUGCUGCCUUACGUGGCCUUGGUCCAAUUAUCGAAGAUCCUGUGAAAAAGGAAAUUGAUAGUUGUGACGGUCAUUCUCAAAAUUCAAGCUUGCCUGCUAAUUCAGGCAAAUCAUCACAAACAAGAAGACAGAUAUCAUCAAAUUCUGAGGCAUCCAACAAUUCCUCCAAUAAAGAUGCCAAGGAUGAUAGUAGGGAGUUGGCGGACAAGGGUGAGCUCUGGCGGCCUUUAAAUUGUUUAGUAGAAGCUGCAAACAGGACAAAGUCCUUUAGGUCAAGUUCACAGAAUCCAGUAGUAAAGGGAGAGCAACUCAAUGGCUCUCCCAAUAGUACAUAUGCUAACAAAACAAAGGCAAGGGAGCAACUGCAGAAGUCUAAAAUUGAGGAUGACAAGAAAGAUGUUCCUAUGCCACCAGUGAUGCCGAAAAGGAAAGUUCAAGGGACUAGGCGGAGGAGGAGAGAAGUUCAAGCUCCAGCAGAUGCAAAGCCUGAUGCUGUAGCUACGCAAAGUGAAAAGAAAUUCAGUUCUAUAUGGUUUUCAUUGGUUGCCUCAUUUGACCAGCAAGGAGACCUACCUUUACCACAGAUUCCUUCCCGUUAUUUGCGAAUAAAAGAUGGAAAUGUGCCUGCUUCAUCUAUCCAAAAGUACCUUAUGCAGAAGCUCAGUCUUCCCAGUGAGUCUGAGGUGGAAAUAAAGUGUUGCGAGCAGCCAGUGAACCCUGCGCAACCUCUGUGCAAUUUAGUGGAGUUGUGGUUGAGGGGACAACCGACGCAGACAACACAGACCAUGAUAGGCUCCUCUGCGAAAGAGUUUGUAAUGGUGCUAACAUACGGACGGCCACAAACCCCUGCAUUGUGAGCGCACCAUGCAAAUAUUCAACCCAUUUUCAGCCUGAGGCGGGCCCUUUUUUCUGCCGUAGCCAGCCAUUAGUUGGGUCCCUGGAAGAGGCCGUGAAAGAAAAGUCUCCCUGAUAUAGCCCCAAAAUGUGGCUGGCUCGCUUGAGAGCCGGCCCUUGGUGUUACAUUCAUGUAUUCUUUGAUGAUACUAGAUGUUGUUCGAUUCCUUUAGGAUGUCUUUUUCUUUUUAUUAUACAUCGAUAGUGGAAUAGAUAAGUUGUGAUUGAUACUUGUAGGUAUCAUUGAUGUUUAGGUUGGACAUAAAUUAUAGACAGAAACUUGUAGCCUUUGCUUGUAAGAGAUGACUAGAGUUGAUUGCAAACUGUCUUUAAUUUCGGCUGUACAUGAAUUAUUGUAAGCAAAAUUGUGACUCCAUAUUAAUCUCUUUGAACUCCUGCUGUUGAAA